GUUCCCCCUCUCCGGCCGAUCCCUGUCGAUCGAGCCGGGCGCUACCUCUUGUCAGCCCUUCUUUAAUCGCGCGCCUGCUGUCCUCUCCUCGCUCAUGGAGACGUCGUCGUUCUAGCUAGAUCAGUUACUGCCCAGCCUUAGCUAGCUAGUCGUCGUCGUCGCCCGCCCGCGCGCGCGCUUCGCUCGUUCUUCGUUAUCUAUCGAUCGACAAGGAAGCAGCUAAAAUUAGGGGGUUCGAUCAAUUCGUUGUUAUGACGUGGUGCAAUGGCUUCAACGACGUGCGCGCCGCCGUGGAGAGCAGCCUGUCUCCGGCCGCAGCCGCCGUGGGCAAGACGGCGGCGGCGUCGCUCGCCGUCCUGGUCAAGAUGUGCCCGUCGUGCGGCCACCGCGCGCAAUAUGAGCAGAAGAGCACGACGAUCCAGGACUUGCCGGGGCUGCCGGCCGGCGUGAAGUUCGACCCGACGGACCAGGAGCUGCUGGAGCACUUGGAGGGGAAGGCGAGGCCGGACACGCGGAAGCUCCACCCCCUCGUCGACGAGUUCAUCCCCACCAUCGACGGCGAGAACGGCAUCUGCUACACGCACCCGGAGAGGCUCCCCGGUGUGAGCAAGGACGGGCUUGUUCGGCACUUCUUCCACCGGCCGUCCAGGGCGUACACGACGGGGACGAGGAAGCGGCGGAAGGUGCACAGCGGCGACGACGGCGGCGAGACGCGGUGGCACAAGACGGGCAAGACCAGGCCGGUGCUGUCCAACGGCAGGCCCCGCGGGUACAAGAAGAUCCUGGUGCUCUACACAAACUACGGCAAGCAGCGCAAGCCCGAGAAGACCAACUGGGUGAUGCACCAGUACCACCUCGGCUCCGACGAGGAGGAGCGCGACGGCGAGCUCGUCGUCUCCAAGGUCUUCUUCCAGACGCAUCCUAGGCAGUGCGGCUACACCAUGGCCAGGGAGUCCGCCGUCGUCGUCCCUGCCGCCGCCGCAGUCACCGGCAGCAGCAACGCGUUUAUUGCCGGCCAUCACCAGAGUGGUGGUGGUGGUAGCGUCCUCAGAGAAGCAAACGGCGGAGCUGAUCAGCUCUACAGCCCAGGAGCAAUGAUGGGGUAUGACCAGGAGGGGCCUGGAAACAGGGCACCUCCUGCCCCUGCUGUGGCUCCCCACUUCAUGCCUAACUUUGUUGUCCAUGCAGCAAGAGCUAGCUUUGGCCCUUGAACCGAGAAUUCAGGACAAGAUACAAACCUAUCAAAUUUGCCAGAUAUAAAUAGGCAUUUAGGAAUUAGGAGCAUGUGCAAACUCCCAGGACCUGAACACAAUUCACUACUUGUGCAGUUGUGCUGGAUUGUAUAAAAAAUGUCAUGUUCUCACCCUCUAA